UAGGUGCGAACAAAAUCCUAAUCUCUUUCUUCCCUUGAUCUCUUUUGAUCUCUCUGAUUGCAGAAAAAGAGUUCUGUAGAUCGAUUCAUCCAACUUGAAAAUCAAGCUGUAACUUUGUGUUCUCAACAUAUUACAAACAACUGCUCACAGUUCAGAGGUAACGGAUAUAUUUCUACUCGCCAGAUUCACGGGUAUUUUUUCUGCUUACCAGAUUCACUAAAAAGAACAAAAACAAUUUAAAAAGAAUCUUGAAUGGUAUUUCUAUUGGUUGCAUCCUGCUUCUUUGCAGUAUGACAGAUCAAACCCAGUUGUCAGAAUUCCUGAUAAGUUCCAUUUGGUACAACUUUGUCCACAUUGGUUUACUUAAAAAAUUUUUUUUUUUAUAAUAAUGAUUUCCUUUUUGGUAGUCAUCAUAAAGAAAGAAGUAUUUCCUCUCUCUAGAAAGCUACUUUCCUAACCUUUUGAGGCUUUGAGCGUUCUCCAUUGGAUAAAAAGAUAUGAGUUAACACAGAGAGAGGGAUGAAGACAUGACUCCUUUUUCUCUUGAUGAAAGCCUUUGACUCCCAUGGCAAAGAGAAAGAAUUGGCUUGAUAGACUAAAGAAUUUUUUUACCUCAGAGACUCAAUCGAAACAAGAGAAGAAGGAUAGGAGGAGAAGAUGGCUUUUUGGAAGAUUGAAAUCGAAAUUCUCUCCUGCUUUGCCGCCGCCAUCGCUGCUGAGAUUGAAAUCAUUAAGAGAGGCUGAGCAAGAGCAAACCAUGCAUGCAGUUGCAGUUGCUAUUGCCACUGCGGCGGCGGCCGAGGCUGCUGUUGCUGCUGCUCAGGCUGCUGCUCAAGUCGUUCGCCUUACUGGGAAUUCCUUGUCUUAUCAGAGAACACAGGAAAUUGCAGCAACAAAGAUACAAACAGCUUUUCGGGGUUAUCUUGCAAGGAGAGCAUUGAGAGCUCUGAAAGGUCUGGUUAAGCUUCAAGCACUAAUUCGCGGACAAGCUGUGAGGCGCCAAACAAAUAUUACUCUAAAAGGUCUGAAGUCCCUUAUGAAGAUACAAUCACAAGCUUGUGCAAAUCGAAUGAAAACAGCUGCCCAUAAUCAGUCAAAUGAAGAUAAAGAUGUUUUUCAUCUGAAAGCGUUGAAAGAUAGACUAACCGUUCAUACACAGGCUCAACAUAGUGACAGAAUGUGGAAUGGCAGCAUCUUGUCAAAGGACGAAAUCAUUUCUCUUCUAAGAAAACGUCAAGAAGCUGCCUUCAAGCGAGAGAGAGCCAUGGACUAUGCAUCUACAUAUCAAGAGAGGAGACAUUUUGCAAAUCCAACAACACCUAUAUCGGAUCAUGAGUUAAACACCAACACUCGUCAUGCAAACUGGAGCUGGCUUGACUCCCAACCUCAAGAUAAGGACAUCCAUGAGGUUUCACCAUUACAAUGCCGAGACCGAAUUGCCCGAAAUCAACAGCUUCUUGCUUCAGAAUCACCAUCUGAGCAUAAAGGAAAAGCUGAAGAUUUUGAGAUCGUGUAUCAGGCAAGGAGAUCUUUUAACCGAUCCGAGCGAGCCCAAUCAAAGGAUGAUGAUUUUUUCUCAAGCUCACCUUAUUUUCCAAGCUACAUGGCAUCCACAGCUUCAACAAAGGCUAAGUUCAGAUCAGCAAGCACACCGAAACAGCGACAAGGAACAUUGAAUUCAUCUGAUCAUUGCAGUCUCAACAAAGACAAACUUCUUUCACCCUUGCCAUUUGUAAAGACUCCUUUGAAUCAUCAAAGAUCACCAAGGUUGAGAGGCAAUUCAGGCCCUGCAAAACACUUUAGUAUUGACUCUGAAAGGUCCUUGGUAAGCUGGGAGAAAAGUAGUCCUUUUAGGUGAAGUUUGAUGUUGUUGAUUGCAACAUAUAAGUAUUUUGCUUGUUGCUGUAUUGUUAUAUCAACAUUUCUUCAGUCUCCAUUUGCUUUGUGAGUUCAAUAGCUUAUGCUUUUGUGUUCAGGCCUGUAUUGUUUCUUCCAGAAAGCCAGAUCUUUGAAAUCUUUUUAGGAGAUUAAAGACAUCCAAGUCCAACUAUAGAAUCAUCAUUAGAUUUA